GCUGUAACAAAGAGACAACAAGGGAUGACGGCUCCAACAGACAACAAUUGCUCGUCCGACAAACAAUAAGAAACACUUCAAGAAAACUGAUACAUUGUUUUGUAAAUAGUGGAUAAUUGUGUAUUUUUGUGUAUUUUACCGUGCUUCACUCGACCGUUUUUCCCCCCAAAAGUUUACACUGCGCUCGAGCUGUUAUUACCGGACGUUUUUAACCGAAAGCUACGAUGUUGGACUGCCAGCACUAGACCUGUCUGACCGGAGAGUUUACAUUCACUUCAGUCACGUUUGUUUGCAUUACGGUGAGGAUGACAUGUCCAUGCUGACCUUUGCCAUCCAGGCCUGGCCUUUGAUUGGUCAGGGUGGGGACUGAAGCAUAUUGUAAUAAAAGACCCCAGCUAUCAUGUCUCUUCCAGACGCACCUAUACGCCCUGCAUCCCCCUUACCCAUCAAACCCGAGUCCAAAUCUAGACCCCAGAUCCCGCCAAAACCCUCACCCCAAGUCGACCCAUCUCCUCUGGGAGACAGAGGCAGCACAAGCCGCGUCUCUGGCGGGAAAGUCAAAAGUAUUGUGGACAAGUUUACCAAAAAGGAGACUGUACUAACUGCAGCGGGAGAACAAUCCAGUAAUGGCACCACAGGAUCUAAGAAAAUUAAGCAGUUCAAAAGGGCACCUACGAUUAAGCCUAAACCGGCCCGCUCCAGUCUGCCGAUCCAGAAGGCGGGAGACCAGGCACCGCAGCUGCCUCUGAAGAAGAGCCGCAUCCUGCAGAAGCAGAUGGAAAUUGUGGGAGGAGAGGAGGACAAUGGCAUCAGUGUUGAAGGGGGACGAUCAGCACCAGAUGGAAAGGAGGUGGAGCUUCCACUGACAGGAGGAGGGGAACUGGAAGUAGAGCACAGUCCAGACGCACCUGUCAGUCCUACCUGUGACCCAAACUGCAGCUGUGUGUGUCACCUCGAGUACCCUGGCAUGAAACUGGUCUGGGUACCUGUGGAUGUGGAAGAUGGUGAGGAUGAUGAUGACAUUUAUGAAUUUGAGGUGGACUGGGAGGAGGAGGAAGAGGAGAGAGUUGGGGAAGGAGAGAGCAAGGCAGAAGAUGAGGCAGAAAGGAGCGUGACCUCUUUUGGUGAGGAUGGUGAGGACUCCAUCGUGAAACAGCAGAAAGCGAAUAUCCACCAUGUUUUGGAUGUUGUCCUCGCAGAGAAUCAGAGGAGGUUGUCGGACCCAGGGCCGCAUGCCCUUAUCACCUCCCUCUCCCCUGGACGCUGUCAUUCUCCUCCCAUUCCCCCCAAACGGGCUCAGUCCCAGUCCCCACCGACCCAUCCCAUACCUCCCUUAAAUGAAGAUGAAGACAUUUACGAGCUCACACUACCUGCGAUCAAUCCCACACCCAAAAACACCACGGCUCCCACCAGACCUCUGUGUCAGGAACUGGAUAUCCCUCUCAUCAGGGUGCGAAAACCAGUCCGUAGGGCUAAAAUGUCUUCUAGCACCUCCGACCCCACAUCAGAGUUUCAAACAGAUCCUGAUCCUAUUUCAUGUGUGGAUGAUGUGCCGCCUGCCAUCCCGCCUCGGAUGCCCAUGGCUCAGGACAGCAGCAAAAACACCCGGAACCUCACACCGGUGCACCGAGGUGGCAUCCCUCUCCCGCAGCCCACAGCGGAAGAGUGGCGCUCCUUGCGGCCCUCAUCUCCCAACAGCUCCAGCACCAGUACCCUGACUCCGGUGCGAGCAGCGCCACCGCCCCCUGUCAGCCCACACCUGCCCCACAAAACCCCCCCUUCACCCCCCAAGACAGAGCCCAGGAGACCCAGAGCAACCUCAAUGCAGUCCCUUGUAGAGUUUAAAGAGGAAGAGGGGAAUGCAAACACUGAAGGAGAGAAAGAGGAUGUAAAGGAACAGCAGCACCAGGUCACUCCACCCAGAAAGGCAUCAUUCAGCUGGGAGUCCAGGCUUCAGGAUGAGCCGCUGUACCAGACGUACCGUGCCACCGUCAUCACCAAGGAGAUCCGACGCCAGACAGUCUGCCGAAACAUCAGCAAAACAAGUGCCGACUACUCUAUGGACUGGACUGCCCGUAGAUCUGGGACUGGGACAGGGACUGGCAUGAGUAAUGGGGCACCCAGGAGCAGUCCUGUACCCCAACCAGGCCAGAGCACCCUGUGGCAGGACCUCCCAGCUGUGCGGGACAGUGGGGUUCUGGACCAGCUAAGCCCUGACGACUGCAAGUACCAGGAGAGCAUGUUUGAGGUGCUGACCUCAGAGGCGUCCUACCUUCGAUCUCUGCGCGUUCUGACUGAACACUUCCUGGAGAGCCGGGACCUGGAGGAGACGCUGAUCAUCAGGGACAGGAAAACCCUUUUCUCUAACAUCCUUAGGGUCCGCGAGGUCAGCGAAAGGUUCUUAAAGGACCUGGAGGACCGCAUGGACGAGAGCCUAGUCUUCUCCGACAUCUGUGACAUCAUCCACUACCAUGCUCAGCACAACUUCCCCGCCUACAUCGACUACGUCCGCAACCAGAUCUACCAGGAGAAGACUUACACUGCUCUCAUGAGGAACAAUGCCCAAUUUGCUGCGGUCAUCACACGUCUCCAAGAGUCACCUCAGUGCCAGCGCCUGCCCUUCGUGUCCUUCCUGCUGCUGCCCUUCCAGCGCAUCACGCGCAUCAAGAUGCUCAUUGAGAACAUCCUGAAACGAACAAAGGAGGGGACAAAAGAGGAGCAGACAGCAUCCAAGGCCUUGGACUCGGUGUCUAAGAUCAUUGAGGAGUGUAACACACAGGUGGGGAAAAUGAAGCAAGUGGAGGAGUUGAUCCAUCUCUCUAAAACACUGGAGUUUGACAAGCUCAAGGCCGUCCCCAUCAUCUCUCAGUCACGAUAUCUGGAGAAGAAAGGAGAGCUCCAGGAAAUGUCCAAAGGAGGAACGCUCUUCAACAUGAGGGCCAAGUUCAAUUCCGUCCAUCUCUUCCUCUUCAACGAUCUGCUCAUUAUCGCCGCCAAGAAGGGUGGGGAACGUUUUGUGGUGCUAGACCACGCCCAUCGCUCUCUGGUGCAGGUGCAACCAUUGGAGGAGGGUGCCAGCCCCUACGAACACUGCUUCAACCUCACCAUGCUGGAAAACCACCAGGGACGCAUGAUGGAGAGGCUGCUCAAAGCCCCCUCCCAGUCAGACAUGCACAGGUGGAUUGCGGCUUUCCCUAGCCCUGCCAACCCAGACAAAGAGGAAGAUGAGGUGAUUUAUGAGGACUGGGAUUGUCCCCAGGUGCAGUGUGUGGACCAGUACAUUGCCCAGCAGGCAGAUGAGCUCACCCUGGAACCCACUGAGAUCAUCAACGUCAUACGCAAAACCAAUGAGGGCUGGUACGAGGGGGUCCGUCUAUCUGAUGGUCAGAAGGGCUGGUUCCCCAUAGGGAAUGUUCUAGAGAUCACAAACGAGCAUGUAAGGCGGCGCAACCUUCGAGAGCGCUACAGAGUCAUUCAAGCUGCAAGCAACAUCGCCAACACCAAGGUCCGCACCCUGUCUUAGAGCCCCUGGACUGAAGAUGUUUACAAAAUGCUGCCUGGUCGGCCUGGCCAGAAUACUUACGGACAAAAAAGCUCUUGAGAAGACAGUGAGUGCCUUCAGAGCAACAUUUGUACAAAGAUCAUUCAGAAAGCUUAUGGCUUGAUACGGCAGUUUCAGUAGGAACCAGAAGUGAAAGGGGGUGUGGUGAUGAAAUGUCACUGAACAUAAGGGACCUAGAAAACAACUGACCAACUGCAACCUUAUUUACUCCACUGGGACACUAUGUCGUGGAUUACAUUGCUGUGGAUCAUUUAAAUUAAAACUGUGUAUGUGCAUGUAUGCAUCAAAUCAGUGAGAAAGUGCAAGUGGCAUGUUUGCGUUAUUGCUGUAGAAUGAAUGUGUUUUAUGAGAAUGGAGUCCUAUAUAGAAACCCUAUCCCAGGCGCUGCUGUGGAAUUGAUAAUUUAAAUUCCAGUAAUUUUUAGCCACUGCCCUACCUGAAUGAACAAAUACCAGGAAUGCCGUUCCAGUCAGCUGAUUCCACAUACACCUCACUUCAAACUGACUACUCGUGUCUAUAUCUCAACACUCAUGCAAACCCAGGUUAAUCGUGUAAUUCCUGUCUGGGAACCUGUCAGGUAGAACAACAAAGUAAACAAAUGUUCAAUAUGACGCAUGUACAUUUAAAAAACAAACUGAAAGAUUUUUUGGAAUUUAAACAGGAAAUUUUCCUACUUCACCUGAAGACUAUCCUUCUUACAAUCUUCAGGAAGUGCCUUUGCACAAAUUUCACAAGAUCCAUCGGUUUUACAAGUCACACAGUGUGCUCAGUAUUUGGGAGAACUGUAUGCUCAUACUUCUACUAAGUCAUUGUAGCAUAAUACUACCCCCUGUAGUUUGUCAGUAUGAAGCCUGGGAGUCUUGGUGGUUGUACUGUAAAUGCUAUCUGUAAAUGUUGGUGGGAGAGGGAUUGUGUCCUUCAUAAUG